AUGGCAGAGAGAAAUGGGCCCGCGGUGACCAGCUUCCUCCUGACGGGACUGUCAGACCGGCCGGAGGUGCGAUUCGCGGCCUUCCACGCAGUCUACUUGGCCAUGCUCCUGGCCAACGGUGCCCUCCUCCUCGCCCUCCGCGCCGACCGCCAUCUCCACACGCCCAUGUACUUCUUCCUCGCCAACCUGUCGUUGCUGGACGUCUCCCGCCCCACGGCCGCGCUCUAUUUCCUGGUGUCCCCGGCGGGGAUGGUUGUCUUGCUCUUGGCGGUCACGGCCUCUGAGCGUUGGUUGGCCAUCCUCUGCCCUCUCUGCUAUGCUGUUCUCAUGGACGGGAGCGUGUGCGUCGCGCUGGCGGCCGGACCCGCUCUGGCGGUGGGCGGGAUCGGCGCCUUCUCCAUCACGUUAGUCUCCUACGUCCUCGUCGCGGCCGCCAUCUUGAAGAGCCGCUGGGCCGAGGGGAAGCGCAGGGCCUGGUCCACCUGUACCUUCUGCCUGCUGGCCGUCGGCCUCUUCUACGGCCCCAUCAUCUUCACCUACAUCCUGCCAUCUUCGGGUCCCUCUCCCAGAAGCGACGGGCUCGUAAGCAUGCUUUAUGGCGUCCUCAACGCCCUCCUCGACAGCCUGCGGAACGAGGAGGCCAAGGGGGACCUCCGGAGGGUUGCUGAGGCAGACGUUAGGCCCGCUGGGAUCUCUUUGGCACCCGAGCCAAUUUCGGGGUUGGUCGCGGCCACUGCUCCACCCACACUGGUGUAUCAGAAUCCCACGUUAUUGGUUGGGCGGUUGACCCCGACCUUUGCAGUGGCCGCGAAGGAAAAGGGCGCGGUGAAUUACACGGGUGACAAUUGUCGGUCGUAA